AUGUCCAGCGGCAUGAACAAGAUCACUGCUGAGCGUAAUCAGAAAGCCGUACUGGAGCUGGUGAACCAGCCCGGAAAUACCACCUGUGCAGACUGCCAUGCGCAUAAUCCUCGAUGGGCGAGUUGGAACCUCGGUAUAUUCAUAUGUGUCCACUGUGCUGCCGUGCACAGGAAGAUCGGAACCCACAUUACCAAAGUGAAGAGCUUGACCCUCGAUUCAUGGACUAAGGAGCAAGUGGAAACCAUGCGUUCCAUUGGCAAUAUAGCCUCCAACAACAAGUAUAAUCCGGAUGAAACUCGUUUUCCGCCACCGGCCAACAUGAUUGACUCGGAGCGUGACUCAGAACUUGAGAAGUACAUCCGUGCCAAAUACGAAUUCAAGCGAUUCAUGGCGCGCCAAACACGGGUCGAGCAAGUCCUCGGGCCAUCGCGAAGCGUCGCAGAUUUCAAGAGGGACCAGCAAAGCAAGUCUACGCUCCCCGCUAUCAACUCUCCUAGCACCGCAAGUGUUUCUGCGCCAUAUCGCCCUACCAGUGCUGCACCGACAAUGGCGCAGUCAGCAAGUGCAUCAUCAUCCUACUCUAGUCAGAUAUCCCGUUCUGUAUCGCAGCCAACCAAUCGUCCAUCGACGCAACAAACGCCGACACAGCAGCAGGCGGCAACAUCUGGCAACAGUCCUUUGUGGAACGACCUUGCCUCACUACAGGCUCCUUCUACCUCGUCAACACUGCCCCUACAAUUUUCGCCAGUUCCCACACAGCCGAUAGGCAUACCCAACUCAACAAACACGUUGCAGCCGAUGGACAUGGGUGCGAGCCCAUUUGGAUCGGCCCUGACCAUCGGAAACAUGGGGUAUGGAACUGGAGCUGGCCCGACAAUGACGAGCAACAGUGGCAAUAUGGGAAUGGGCACUAGUUUCGGUAUGUUGGGAACCAGCCCCGCCAUGAUGAACUCAGCGAGCACCAGCACGCCUGUACCGGGAUCGUCCCCCUAUGGAGCCGGAGGUUUUGGUACCACGAACCCAUUUCAGCAUAUGCAACCUCAAGCUACGGGACUCGCACCCGGACUGUACAAUGGGACGCAUAACCCAUUUGGGCAACAAAAUCCGCUCGGGCAACAGUUUCAACCAUCACAAAUGGCAGGAUCGUUCCAUGGCCAAAAUCCGUUCAUGCAGUUCCCGCAAAUGCAGCAGCCGCAGGCGUCGCUUCUUUCCCCCCAACCACAACAACAGUCCUCGCCCUUCAUACCAGGACAAGUUCCUCAUGGACUCAUGCCGCAGCAGCAGUUUGCGGCGUCGCCGUCACCUUCCAAUCCCUAUGCGCCGCCGCUGGCCCAGCAGUUCGGCACCCCCUCUCCGUCGAUAGCGUUCGGGCAGCCUUCCGGCCUCAACCCGAACUCUGUCCCCCACGGUGCGGGGAUGGGAAGUUGGCAGAGCACGCAGCAGCUUCACCAACCAGGUGGGUUUGCCGGGCAGACCGGUGCUUGGGGGAGUAUGUAAGUGUGGGUUGGUUGCGGGCGUUUCGUAGACAGUUUUACCGGACCAAAGCAUGGUUCAUGUAACAUCAUAUUCUACAACGGUCAGUCGAUGACAGGCAUCAUCAUCAUCAUGAGUACGUGGAUUGUAAUCACCGGUGAUUGGCUGGGUUGAAAAUGGGAAUGGAUGGACAUUCGAUCAAUCAAGAGACCCGGUGCCCUCGCCACGAUCUCCACCAACGAUUCGCUCAGAUUUAGCUUCACACCUGACUAAGUUGCGUAUACGAUCUAGGAGGUGUGAAAGGGACACGCUGAUACCGCCUGUGGUCUCCGCGGCAGCAACGACUGCAUGUUCGACAUCGGAGCGUCGCAUACGU